CCCGACCUCGUCCUCGCCGCCCGGCUCCGCGGCCGCCGGGGAUGCGGCGUGGCGCGUCCUGAGCGCCGCGCCCCGGGAGCGCGGCCGGGGAUGCUAGCGGCGGGCGCGAUGGACGGGCCCCGGCAGAGCGCCUUCCUGCUCGGCAGCCCGCCGCUCGCCGCGCUGCACAGCAUGGCCGAGAUGAAGGCGCCGCUCUACCCCGCCGCCUACGCGCCGCUGCCGGCCGGGCCGCCCUCGUCCUCGUCCUCGUCGUCGUCGUCCUCCUCGCCGUCCCCACCGCUGGGCGCGCACAACCCCGGCGGCCUGAAGCCCCCGGCGGCGGGCGGGCUCUCGGCGUUGGGCAGCGCCCCGCAGCAGCUCUCGGCCGCUACGCCGCACGGCAUCAACGACAUUCUGAGCCGGCCCUCCAUGCCAGGGGCCGCGGGGGCCGCGUUGCCCUCCGCCUCGCCCUCCGGCUCCUCGUCCUCCUCGUCCUCGUCCGCCUCGGCCUCGUCCGCCUCUGCGGCUGCCGCCGCUGCAGCCGCGGCCGCGGCCGCCGCUUCGUCCCCGGCGGGGCUGCUAGCCGGCUUGCCCCGCUUCGGCAGCCUCAGCCCGCCGCCGCCGCCGCCCGGGCUCUACUUCAGCCCCAGCGCCGCGGCCGUGGCCGCCGUGGGCCGCUAUCCAAAGCCGCUGGCCGAGCUGCCCGGCCGGACGCCCAUCUUCUGGCCUGGCGUGAUGCAGACCCCGCCGUGGAGGGACGCGCGGCUGGCUUGCACCCCGCAUCAAGGGUCUAUCUUGCUGGACAAAGACGGGAAGAGAAAACACACGAGACCCACGUUCUCCGGCCAGCAGAUCUUCGCUCUGGAGAAGACUUUCGAGCAAACGAAAUACUUGGCGGGGCCGGAGAGAGCGCGCCUGGCCUACUCGCUGGGGAUGACGGAGAGUCAAGUCAAGGUCUGGUUCCAGAACCGCAGGACCAAGUGGAGGAAGAAGCACGCGGCCGAGAUGGCCACGGCCAAGAAGAAGCAGGACUCGGAGACCGAGCGGCUCAAGGGCGCCUCGGAGAACGAGGAGGAGGACGACGACUACAACAAGCCCCUGGACCCCAACUCGGACGACGAGAAGAUCACGCAGCUGCUGAAGAAGCACAAGCCGGGCGCCGGGCUCCUGCUGCACGCGUCCGAGGCCGAGGGCGCGUCCUGAGGGCGCGCGGCGCGCAGAUGUACAGAUCUAUUUUUCUAACCCAGAAGUGUGGUGGGAGGAGGGGCCGGAGAGAGACUGGGGUGGCCCGGAGGCCGCCCGGCCCACGCGGCGGCUGCUUCGUGGACGCGGCCGGCGUCCCCACCGGCGGUGCCC